AUGGAUCGACUGGGUGUGCUCGAAAUAAACGAUGACCCAGUCUCCCCAAAGCCAAAGCCUCCCCACAAACGGCGGACAAAUCAAAGUAGGCCCAGUGAAAAGCGCCGACCGAAGAAAAAGUCCACUUUUUGCUGUUUCCAGAUCGUGGAAGACAGCGGCGAGGACGACAGACCGGUCUCAGUUCAACGGCCCAAACCCCCUACAAGUGGUGUCUCGCCUUCUUCAAAUCAGAAUCAAAAGAUCAAGCUGCCUGCCUCAGCCGGAAGGCCGCAGCAUACGCAAGUGUCAUCAACUCCUCCAACAUCCCGGCCAUCUUUGUCAGACACGGGGAAGCCUCCACAGCCAUUAUCGUCGUGGAUCCCGUCUACGGUUUCCCCGCAGACAACGUCCAUUCUUAUCACAGAACUGGCAAAACCGAUCUCCAACGCUGACGACGAAGGCUAUAUCUAUAUGUUCUGGGUGACACCCCAAACAACUACCACACAGCGGAGCGCUGAAUCCACAGCAACGCGAGACAUAGCAUCUUCACUACUACCCCAAGCCCCACAAAGUAGCAACCACCUUCGCCCACCCACCCAGCCACGCAGCGUCAGCGAAGCAAUCCGUGCAGCACAGGACCUCAAUGCCCUCACCUCAAACCCAACAUCAACCACGCCCGGAACGCUUAGGUUGAAAAUAGGACGCACGAGCAAUGUGCACCGUCGACUCGCUGAAUGGAGUAAACAGUGCUCGUACGACUUGACCUUGAUCCGUUAUUACCCUUACACGCCAUCGUCAUCCUCGUCAUCUUCCCCUGCUAGGGUGGCGCCAUCCCAUAACAGCCGGAAUAGGGCCUCUUCGGCCUCUUUAGUAGCCGGAAGGAAAGUCCCACAUGUGCAUCGCGUGGAACGACUCAUUCACCUUGAGCUGGCGGAUCUGCGUGUGCGAGACUUAGGACAGUGUCCUGAGUGCGGGAAGGAGCAUCGGGAAUGGUUUGAGGUCGAGGCUGACAAGGAGUCGCUAAGGAGAGUGGAUGAGUGUAUCCGACGAUGGGUCUCCUGGGCCGAGUCGAUGCCUUGA